AUGUCAUCUACGGUGCAAUAUUCUCAAAGCAGUUUAAUAAGUUUUUGGGCAACUCUUUCGAUGGGUUUGUUGGGUUUCAUAGCUAAUAUGGCAUCGUUCUAUAUGAUUCGAACUUUGAAACGCUUCAAUAAUUCAUUUGGAAUAUUGUGUGGUGGAUUUUGUGCAUUGAACUGCAUUGUAAUAUUUAUCCUCACAGUUUAUGUCACAAGCUGUUCUUUACUUCAAAAAUGUCUCAAAUUGUCAAUUGCGAGCGCACUAUUGGCUACAAUAGCAAAAUCAUUUUGCAAUUCAACAUUUUUUCUUCAUUUAGUGAUUGCAGUAAAUCGCUACUGUUCUAUAGCUUUCCCAGUUUCAUAUUCCUCAAUAUUCACUAAACGUUUCUCGUACGGUUGCAUUGCAUUCACAUCGUUAUUCGCACUUUCCAUCCGUAUUACGAAUUUUAUCGAUGGAUGUCAGUUUUAUUUUGAUCUGAAACGCCACUUAUGGUCUUUUGAAAACACUGAAUGCGGGCGUAUACUUUCGUUCUGGACGGGAGGAUAUAUGAUAGUCAUAAUAUCUGUCUUAACCAUGAUUACUGACUUAUUAACAUUUUAUAAACUACGAUCUUUCAACAAGACAUGCAUUACUGGUAUAGCAUUUGUUGGAAUAUCGACUGUCAACCAAGUUGCAGGAAUUUACCGGUUGAAAGAGUUGGGACUAUCAACAGCUUUCUGGAUCUCUCUCCACACUUUUGACGGAUGUGUUAAUCGUAGCAUAACCAUAACUUCUGUUCAUAAAGAAAACGAGAAUCUCGCUAAAUUGAAUUGA